UCCACCUGUGCCACUCCAGUGUCACACACUGUGCCCAGAAGUGCCACCUACCUGUGCCCAGCAGUGCCACCCACCUGUGCCCCAGUGCCCACCAGUGCACCCACCUGUGCCCACCAGUGCCACCCACCAGUGCUGCCCACCAGUGCCACUCACCAGUGCAGCCCAGCAGUGCUGCCAGUCAGUGCCACCAGUCAGUGCCCAGCGGUUGUGCCAGUCAGUGCCGCCAUCAGUGCCGUCUAUCAGUACCCAUCAUCAGUGUCACCUAUCAGUGCCGCCUAUCAGUGCUGCAUAUUAGUGCCGCCUAUCCGUGACACCUCAUUA